AAUAGGAUUCCCAAAUUGUGUUUCUCCAUUGAUGGCUACCGAAUCGAUGGUGGUAGAUGCAGCGAAGCGAGCUCCGACGAGGGAUUCCCUGGCGGAAGAAGAGCAAUCGUCGUCGCCCAUGAAGAAACAGAAGGUGGAAGAGGAAGAGAAGAUAUACAGUGAGACACACGUGCCCGAGCUGGGUUGUAAACCCCAGUGGGAUGUGGACAGCUACGAUGGUCGCGAGUACGAAUCAGAUCCCGAGGAUAGAAAGUUGUUCUCUGACGACGAAGAGUAUGACAAGUACCGUCGCGAAAGACGCAGGGCUUUCGAUAGUAAGGGAUUUAUUUAUGAACCUCUGAGCGGAAACUAUCCAAUUAAAGAUCUGGAAGCAUUAGUGUAUCCCAACGUGACUAGUCGGGAGUUGAUGACAGAUCUUGCCAACUUGUGUGUUAAGAAACUCAACGAGACUGAGAAAAAGACGGUUGAAUUGGUUGAAAUUGUGAGAGUUAUUGUGCUUGGUGGAGGUACCCGCAAAGCUUACAUAACGUUUAUGGCUCGUGAAUCUCUCAAUGGACCUCUUAUCGAGUACCAAGCCAAAGUGGUUACCUAUGCUAAAAACUUGAAACCUCCUGUUCCUAUCCUCUGCAGACCAAGUCCUAUUCCCUCAGUCUAGUCAGAUUACCAAUUUGAAGUGUUAGUCUCUUACCCUAUAUUGCGCUUGUGGUGAAAUUGUAUAUGAGUGUUUAAAACUGUAGAUGAGUGUUUAAAACUGCGAGAAGAGGCUUGGCUUAGGGUCAAUCAUUAUCCAUAUAUUUUCUAAAUUCCAAUAGACUAGCUAAAACUCCACUCAUACUCUUUUCUCAAGUUGCUAUUAGAAAACGCUUUACAAAAAAUCAAGUGGCUUGUCAUUGUGUACAACA